AUGUCGCCCAAACCGCCCGAUAGUCGAGGUCGGAGACGUGCUCGCAGAGGCCAUCCUCCCUCCGGAACUAUCGUCGCAAGCCGAGAAAUACUACCUGUACAACCUGUCCGGUCUCCAAGAGUUCAUAGGGUGUCAGCUGUGAGUUCCAUCGAGCGCCAUCUAGUCAAAGAUGCUGCAUCAGAUCGAGCUCAGGAAACCUUGAUAUCUCAAGCCCAUCAGCCAGAAAUGAACGAAGCCAGCAUCCUGGAUGAAGGCAUGCGUAUGAUUCUCCAGCAUCCGACCCAUAAGUUGACCAACUCGGAGCGAUUCUUCAUCGAAUAUGUGGCCCGCCCGCAGCCAUCUCGCACACGAUCGGAGCCUCCAAGUCCUCGCCGUAAGGUACCUGAGGCAAGAGUCGAAUCGGGAUACAUGCCACGAUUGCGCCGAGGUGUUGACAAAGCCAAGCGGUACGGAAGAAGGGGAAUAGCGAAGCUCAAACGACGCUUUGAGUCCACCAAGCAGAUCGGAGCAGCCUUUCUUGAUAGCGUCUGGGAACACAAACGCGCUGUUGCCCUGACCAUCGUUGCGCUUGCGGUCAUGGGCUCUCUUAUAGUGAUGCACCGCAACGGCCGUGCAUACAUAAACCAGCCACCACCAGCUAUUAUCACCAGCUUCAGGGCAUACCCUAGCUGGAUGCACAUCAGCAAUGCCUACCAAGUGCUGGAUAUUCCUGAACCAUUGGAUGUAGCAUGGGUGCCGCGCAUGUCUGAAGUCGAUGCUGCGUAUCGAGAGGCAAACAAACGCGUGCAUCCAGACAAGUGGAGAGUCAACGGCUUCAACGACCAGGCCUCAGCUGAAUGUGCACAGAGGAUCAUCGGAGAUGCGCAUCUUCUCUUCGAACAGUACUGGAAAAGUCCAUAUUGUGCGCUCGCUCGCAGAGGUAACGAUAGUGGACUCCUUCAGCCAAUGGCUACACUUGAGCAUAUGGCCAGUUGCGGUCUGCCAUCGUUUAGCAACACUUGCUCCAACCAGUGCACCUUCUCAGCCAUGGCAUUGGAUGGCCUCAACGCUCUUGUGACAAGUCCCGAGUAUCAGAAGAGAGCCCCUGAAGAUGCUGCUGAACUUUCAGCUUACUGUCCCUGCUCUUUGACGAAGAAAAUCCGCGACCUGAUGAAGAACCUGGAAAAGGACCGCAUUCCGCCGCCAGGAAUCCGCCGCUACUGGGGCGAUACUCUCAGCAAACAGGUCGACUGGAAGGCAUGGGGUUACUUUCAAUACCCAUCCUUUUUUCCGCGCAUCAAACCGUUGAUGAGAUGGUGGGAUCGACGGGAUCUUCACCCAUAUAUCUGGUCAGCGGCGAAAGUCAACAGGCUGAAGGCGCAGGGCUGGAUUGUCCAGGAUGACAUCGCUAUGGUUCCAACAGGAUGUUGGAGGGAGAAGGAGAGGUCGUAG